GUCCGCCUUCUUUCCUUUUCGCAUUGACUUUUCUCGGGUUCUUCCACUUUUUCCAAACGGACUCAUUCGACCCAGACUACGUCUUACUCCUCCAACCCGCACAACGACGACUAACCGUUCAUUGCCAGAAGAAAGAUGAGCGCAACCGACGCGCCCACCACUCUUACCGAGCACGAAGGCCUGGAGUUCCACAAAUGGUACAACAUUCCUUGCUCAGAGCUCUUGUCUGACGCGCACCAGGAUCUUGUGGUCAUCCCGGGGGACAUUCCUGUUGAGGCUGCUUGUGAGCUGCUGAUCAAAAACGGGAUAUCCUCAGCCCCGGUGUACGACAAGGAAUCGGAUAGUUAUGUCGGGAUGUUUGAUUACCGAGACGUGGUGACAUACGUACUAGUAGGCCUAAGCAAAGACCUAGUAAUAGAAGAAGGCGCCUCAGUCGAACUGCAGGAAUUUGUCCGUCGCGCACGCGAACAUCAACCCGUUUCCGCCAAACUCGCUGCAGACAUAUCCAACAAAAACCCCUACUACAGCGUAAUGGAGGAAACGCAUCUCCUCCAAGUCGCCGAGAUCUUUGCGUCGUCGAUCCACCGGAUAGCAGUUAUGAAUGAUAAGAAGUUACGCGGGAUUGUGUCGCAGAGUACCGUGCUGCAGUAUGUGUAUAAGAAUAUUGCGAAGUUUCCGGAUGUUCAAGUGUUUUUCGCGAAAACGAUCAAAGAACUGGGUCUAGGCAACAAAACCAUCGUAUCCGUCGACUCCUCCACAACCGUCCUCGAAGCCCUGAAAACCAUGGUCAAGAACGACGUCUCGUCCCUCGCCAUCCUCAACUCGACCGGCUCGAUCGUCGCCAAUCUGAGCAUGUCGGACAUCAAAUGGGUCAUGCGCUCGUUCAAGUUCAACCUGCUGUGGCAGACGUGUCUGCAUUUUGUGUCUUUUAUCGAUUCCGAGCAGGGCAUCAUGGAUGGAAGGGACAAGUUACCAGUCUUCGACGUCCUCGAAACCUCCACACUCGGCUAUGCCGUCGGCAAAAUGAUGGCCACCCGCGCACACCGCGUCUGGGUUGUCGACAGACCGAUGGGUCCGCCCAUCUCAGUCGUUACGCUCACUGAUGUGUUUAGGGUUAUCACCCCGAAGUUGCGAGAUGAGAAGGUUUGACCUGCUGGUGACUGGCGCUGAAGGAUGAAGAGGCGACAGUAUUUGUGUGUACCGAUCGUAAUGUACAUAGUAGGUGUCAAAACACAACACGCCGUUGACGACUGUC